AUUAGGGACCGAACCCGAAAAACAAAUAUCAACCCGGCCCACUCGAACCCAUGAAGGAACAGCUAAAACAAAUUUCGAAUUUACGAAGAACAAGAAUUGAAAUCACAUUAGAAGAUUAAAGCGCAAUAAUCUAUCAACCCUAAACAUCAAUUCUGCUAAUCCACAAGUAAGUAACAUUGCAAUGGAUAAGAGAGCGUUAUACCGGGCAAAGCUGAAGGAGCAGAAGCAGAAGCGAAUUGAUUCCCCUCUUGUAAGGUACAAUGAGAACGAUCAGCCUGUAUGUAGAGUGUGUGAUGUUGUUCUGAAAUCUGAAUCACAAUGGCCUGGACAUCAAGCUUCUCGUAAACAUCAUGAGGCCAUAAAUAAUCUCAAAGCUAAUGCUGCUGCAGCGAAAAACCCAAACAAUGUAAAAAGUGAGCCUCCAAAGGAGUUGCCUAAACCCAAGCCUGAAAUUCCUGAGGGCAUAAGCCGUAAAGAACCUGAACCUUCUGUUGGAUUGUCUAAGCCUCGUGCAUCAUCUAUGCUUCCUCCCAAUUUUUUUGACAAUCAAGAGACAAAGAGACCAAAAAUUGAGAAAGAUUCAGCUAGGUUGGGAGACCAUGUACCGGAAAGAGAUUCUCCAGUUUCAGAUCGAACUGAAGAGGUUGAACCGUCUUUGGCAAGGUCUAGCAGUCAGGGCCUAUCUACCUCCAAGAAUGCUGAGACUAGAAGCAUGGAAAAUCAGCGAUCUGGUGAAAAUGGACCGGUGUCAAAAGUUAGUUCUGGUUCAGACGCUAAGCAGGUCAAAGGAGCUCUCCCUGCAGGUUUCUUUGACAACAAAGAUGCUGACUUACGUGCUCGUGGUAUUACCCCGGUCAAACCAGAUGUCAAGGAUGAGUACAAAGAAUUUGAGAAGUUAAUCCAAGAAGACUUAAAAGAGGUUGACAACCGUUUAGAAGAAGAAGAGAUUGAUGCUGCAGAAAUGAUUGAAGAAGAAGUAUCUGUCGAACAGAGGGGCUAUAGAGAAAGACUGGAGAUGUUGAGGAGGAAGAAGAUGGAACUUAAGGCUGCUAAAUCUUCAUUAGGCAGCAAAGAAAUUAAAGUUGUAAAUAAAGAGUCUAGUGAUGACGAAUCGUCAAGUGAUGAUGACAGUGAUGAGAAUACUGUGGACUGGAGGGCUAAACAUUUGUGAAGAAAGUGCUUGCCCGUUUAUGCUCAUAACAAGGUUUGCUUACUUCUGCAAGUUUGAGCCAAAUUCAUUUGUACCUGUACUCUGUUGCGAAGGGAUAAUGUGAUUGUUGAGAAAAGAGGUGGACUUGGUUACACUUUGAUUUCAGUAAAAUAUUGGGGCAAAGGGUUAAGCUUGGCACCAAAGUGGUCGAUACUCUCGUUCCGCUGUGCUAAACAAGUCGAGAAUGGAAGAAACUAAGAGUGUCAUGCUUUGUGUUAAAGAAAUUUUGUACUCUUAUGAAUACGUUUCUAAAAUUGUCAGCAAAUCUACUUUUAUAUUCUGGCAUGCAUGCAUAAUGAGAUAAAUGAGGUUCUUCCGUUGCACAUAUGGAAGGCUUGCAACAAUGUCUUAUUUGGUAUUCAUUUUGUUGUACAUGUCAAAUUUAAUGUUAUUCUUUUGCAAUGGUGAAUAUAGCCAUGAAGUAUUGCAGCCAAACGUGGGUUGUGAUGCCAAGGGGCUAUUCUUUCAGACCCA